AUAGAAUCCAAUGCUGUAUAUAUAUAUUUAGCCAAAAAAAGAAACAAGUUGAAAAAUAAUCAUUACAUCAUUCAAUCAGAUGUUGAGGUUCUGUCACUUACUUCCACACACACACAUUCAAAUAAUAAUAAAUAAAUAAAUAAAGAAGCGGGCAGCCCAUCAUUCUGCAUUUCGUUGUUAAGGAAGUUAUCCUCACACACAAAACACACUGAAAAAAGAAAAAGAAAAAGAAAAAGAAAAGAAAGGAAAAUGGGAGAAGAGAAUGAGAAAGAACCACGUACACUAAAGCUUCCCAUAUCUGCAGCAGCCACAUUAUUAUCAUUCAUGGACUCGCCGGAGCAUGCAUCGGGGACGGCGACGCCACCUCUGGCUUCAGUUCCCUUCAAAUGGGAGGAACUACCCGGAAAGCCCCGACCCUGUUCUCACAACCUCGCCCGACCCGAACCCAAAUCAUUGGAGCUCCCUCCAAUGAUGUUGAUGAGCAGAACUCCAUCUCCGACCUCAGUUCUCGACGGCCGACCCAAAUGCUCUUCCUUCAGAUUCUUUAUGGACGGCCACGAUUCGUUCCUCCUGCACUCCGCUACUAGUACACCUGGUGAUGGUGGUGAUGAUGAUACUACUUUGGAAUAUGGAUUAAUGUUUGGCAGCAGCAGCAACAACAACAACAAGAAGAAGAGUAGUAGUCGUAGAUAUGGCUUGUUUGGUAACAAGGACAAGGGUGGAAAAAAGGAAUUUAACGGGGGUAUUUCCGGGUUUUCACCAUUCUCCACCACCACCACAAGCAGCUGUGAGAGUGAUGAGAUGAGAAGAAAUGGCAGCUUUUCAAGUGUCCCUCUUCCCAAGUCUUCUUCUUCUCCACUCACCUGGGCAACAAUAUGCUCAGGUUUCAAGCAGGUUAUACAAUGGAAGAGUAGCAAGAAAUCAAACAAACAAGGCCAACAUUGAAGGAUUAGUGAAUUCAAUGCCCAAAAAAAAAAAUGAAGUUCAAGAACUUUUGAGUGUUUUCUCACGCUUGCUCUGUGAACACAUGUACAAUGGUUGCUAAAUCUAAUAUGUAUUUCCUUUGGUGUAUAACUUCCUUUUCA